AUGAAUCGGGUUCCGACUAGAGGCUCUCCACCAAGUGGCUCAACACAGCCAGCGCCACUAAUAGAAGAGCCAACUCGUGAAGGAGAAGCUGCUCAAGACUGGGGUGAAUACGUUGACUCAGAUGAAGAACCCGAUGUCGAAUUCGCUUGUGAGGAUAUUAACCUCUACCCUAGAGGUUUCUACUAUCCAAUCUCAAUCGGUGAGAUUCUUAUGGAGCGGUAUCAUAUUAUCCAUAAGCUUGGCCAUGGCGCAUUUUCGACUGUUUGGAUGGCGCAGGAUAUGGCACAACAUAAAGAUAUUGCGCUCAAGAUCUUGAUGCUGGGGGGCUCAGAUGAGCGUGAUUAUCACAUGCAGAGUGAGAUAAUUGGUUCGGCGGAAGACUUGACAUAUUUAUUGGUAUACCACGAAACGUUUCUGCUCCCUAGCCCUCAUGGCAAAUACAGAGUCUUCGUCCUUCCCAUCCAAGGACCAAACUUGAGGAAUCACCCUCCCACAAAAAAGCCCAUUGCAACCAGGAUGAGAUUUGCAGUGCAAUUACUCAACGCCUUGAAGACACUACACGACGCUGGCGUAAUUCAUUCUGACUUGAACACUGCCAACAUCAUGUACACUCUUCGCCCUCUUAAUGACAGUAUAACUGGGAAGUACAAACAAAUCGGACGACCCAGAAAAAUGAAACUAUGGACUGAGCAGUGGAAAGACGGCGAACUGGUCAUGCCUAUGAAGCCAAAAGAGGAACUUAUAGGAGAUUCCAUCGUUCUUGGUGACUUUGGUCUAACCCAUAAACCUGGUGCUUCGGCUCAGAAGCUGCAAUCACCUGCUACUUACUGCGCGCCUGAACGGGUACAUAACAUCAACCCGUCCUAUGGUUCUGAUAUAUGGAGUUACAUGUGUAUCUUCUUUGAACUAUACACAGGACUGUGUCUUUUCCAAGGUUGGGGUCAUACAUCAGUGGUGUCUUCUAUCGUUUGUGCCCUUGGUCCUCUUCCAGAGUCUUGGAAGGGAACUUACCACGUUAGUAGCUCAGGCGAGGACAAAUGGUAUGAGCGGAAUUGGCAAAUAGAUUCAGAGUUUGAUCUGAAGGAGAGGCUCACCCAGCUUCGCCCUGGUGUGGAAAUGAGGGAGUUGGAGCUUGUAGUGUCGAUACUACGAAGGGGACUUGUCUACCAACACGAGAACCGGAUCACAGCCGCGGAGCUUCUAGAGGACGACUCAUUCCAAGAAGUGAUUAGUAUAUAUGCAAGGUAG